UACAUUCAUGAUUGUAACACAAUAUUUUUUCAGGGUAGAAAUAGACUGUUCUGGAAUUUUUAAAGCUGGUCAGCUUGGAGUUGCUAUGUCAAGGUCAACAACAACUGAAUGUCUUAGAGUCAUAAAUUUCAACAAGAAGUUUGUAAUCCCACCUCCGCACAAAGUAAUUGAAUUUAUGGACUAUCAGUCAAAGAAGAUAAUUUCACCAGAUUUCUUGUGCUGUAGAGAGUAUAAAGGAGAAGUUUUUCCACUAAUGCCAAGCAGUCCUGACCCUGAAUUGGCUGAAACUUUCGGUAUGUCAACUCAUUCAACAGAGAUAGAAGAUACUGAAGCAAAUGUUGAAUCUCUGGAUUCUGAUAUUGAGGACGACUUCAAUGACAUCAUAUCAUCUAUAUGCCAUCAGGAAGAGAAAUGUACUAACUUUGAACUUCCAGAAGAUUUUAAUAUCAGUCUAGAGGAAAUGAAGUUUCACAAUGAAACAACAGAGUUCCAUGAAGUUCAUAACAGAACCCUGUCACAUAUAAACAAAGAUGGCUUAAAUCUAUUCUUGAAAAAGGUCUUCUUAAAAUGUCAAGAAUUCAAAAAAAAAUGAAUGUAAAUAGUGACAACCCAACAGGAAUUCCAGAGAAAAAAAUUGCUGAGUUUUACAAGGAAGUGCAUCAGUACUCUGUAAGCAGUGACUAUAAGUUAAACUGUCUGUUGUUAUUCCAAGAGGAAAGUUCUUUCUCUGGUGUGCAUCAGGGUAUAUGCUACGGUAUUCUAGAAGCAGUCAGGUUAUAUUUCAUGAAACAGCAGGCUGAUAUUUUCAAACUGACAGAAAGGGCUUUGAUGAAAAAGGCAAGUAACGGAUGCCUCUAAGGCAAGGAUACGAUAUGUAGCUGGUUAUUGCUUAGCAAAUCUAAGAAAUCAGUACUUGAAAAAGAAAAACGCGCACCUAUAUUCACUUUCAGGAGAGGGACAGACUUUGUACGAGCAUGCACAGGCAGCUUUGAUUAUACUCGAUUCCUUAAAGGAGGAGGAACAGUUGUUGCAUGCAAGUACUUCUGACCCCGACUCUCUGAUAGACAUUGACAGAAGACAAGGCUUAUCACGUGGACUGACAAAUGUCUCAUAUAAUUUUUAUAAUUUUUUCCUGAAAUUAACAGAUAGAUGUCUUUCUUUACUUAUAAAUGAAAACUUGCUUCAGUUUGGAAAGUCAAUGUAUAACAUAUGCUUGGAUAAAUUAAAGGCAGACACCACUUUUUGACAUAUUUUUCAGUGCUGUAAUGGUAAAGCUUUCUUGUAGUCAAGAUUCGUUCACUAUCCGUAUGCUUCAAGACAAAGUUUCCAUUACCUCUGAAAUUCAGUCAAUUUAUGAUAAAAUACAUGCAAAGUAUUUAUUGGUACUGUUUUCUCAAUUUCGAAAGGAUAUGAAAUCAAGUCUUAGGCUAGAAAAAUCCUUAGCUCAUCGGAAACAAAUUAAAGUUUCAAAACAGAAACCUGAAAAGUCUGCUGUCACUGAAAGUAGUAAGGAAAAGCAAGCGGUCUCUACAAGCAUUUCAGAAGAAAUCCCAGAGUGUGAAGAAAUGCAAAAAUCAGGAGAAAUGUCUCUGUCAGAACAAAUGCCUGGAACGUCUGAGUCGGAAAAAUGUAGGGAAUGUAAUCUGGAUCAUAAUAAUGAUGAAUGGAUUCUUUGUGAUAAAUGCAACUUUUGGUUUCAUAGGGUAUGUGCUGGUUUGAAACACCAUGCAAAAUGGAGAAAAUUCUCAAAAGAAAAUGUAGAGUGGAAUUGUAAAUAUUGCAAUAUUUCUGUGGAUAAAGAAAAGAGGAAACGUUCUACACACCAGUAGUUGAACACCAUGCAUGUGGUUAAGUCUUUAUUACACUGUGAUGUUAAGGAUUGUUCCUUCAUUAUUUGUUAAUUUCAAACAACAUCUUUAUUUAGGUGAAUAUUCUUGUAUUCAUUAAUAGCUCACUUUUGUGAGCUGUAUAAUCUGUAAAAAGGCUUUUCGGGAAUUUUUGUCUUAUUUUGCAAGCUCAGGUACAUGUCAUACAUCAUCUUUAAACCUCAGGGACUACUGGUAGAAAUAUUUCUUGUUAAAAAAGACCAUUUUGAUAUUGUCAGUUUUAUCACCAAAGUCAGUUUUUUCCCUCUUGCCAGUUGACAAAAUAUCUUAUUUCAUUUAUUUUCUUUUUACAAACUGAUGCUUUUAUGCUCACUAAAACAGAACAUAAACAAUAACCCCCCAGUAAAUUCAAAAUCAGUAAAGAAAUAAUGAAAAACCAUUGUUAACAGAAGAUGUGGCCAAGGCAGUGAUAUUUUACAAAAAGCUUUACUUGCAAUAUUUAAACAGAUCAGAGUAUUUUGCUUUUCAUGAUAUAGAUCUUUUUUUAAAUCUGUAAAUUCAUUUUCAAGUUUAAAACAAAGGAAUACAUGUUUCUGUUCCAAAGAUUUUUCGCAGAAAUAGCAAAACCAGUUUACUGAUUUCUUUGGCUUAAUGGUGUGAACAUAUUUUUAUCACAUGCCAAAGGCGGAGGGGUAUAGUUUUGGCAUUGUCUGUCCAUCAGGAGCCAUAUCUAGGAAGUGAUUUGUUCUAUUUAAUAAAACUUCAUAAUGUUCACCUGACUAUUGGGAAAUGUGUCCUGUAAAGUUUCAGUCAGAUUUCACAAGUAACGCCAGAGUUAUGGCCCUUACUAGUUUCUAGUGUUAACUAUAGUUUUCUACCAAAUUUCAUUAAAUAAUAUCAAUUUGUUAAACAAAAACAUGCCAACCAGGGAGAUAGUUUUCCCUGUAUGAUUACAUGGGAAAUUUAGAAAAUCUUCUCUCAAACUGCUUGCCCAAUUUUAAAAUAAGUUGUUAAUGUUCCUCAAUGGGUAACCCUCUACUGUAUUACAUGUUACUGUAAAUAUGCCAAUUUCUGCUUUAUAACUUGUUUUACUUAAAUUUAGACCAUAAUGUGGAAUGCACCGACAUUUUUGUCAGAACAUCUACAAUAACUUCAAUAUUACAGCUUUUUAUAUGUUUAAAAAUUCAAAUAUUUGUAUAUAACAAACUAACCAAUGGGCAGAACUUAUUGAACUUCUUCCAUUUUUCCCCUAUUAUCCACAUGUGAAGCUGUUUACCCAUAACUGCCCCCC